AUGGGGUUACACAUUCUUCCAAAGAAUAUUAUGCAUUUAGUAAAUAUGAUAAUAUGCAUAAUAUGCCCAGCCCUGAAAACAUAUAAUUUAUUAAUAAAUAAAAAAGAGAAAGCCACAGAAGACACCUUACAAUAUAUUCAUUUUUUAACAUAUUGGAUAUUAUAUUCAUUUUAUACAUAUUUUGAAAGUGCUUUCAUAGUAAAGUUAAUGAAUGUCGUACCCUUUUAUGGUGAACUAAAAAUUAUGUUUUUCUUUUGGUUAUAUAGUGAUACCUUUCAAGGGGCUGGAUACUUAUAUUUUAAAUUUAUAGAAAAACAUUAUUCAAUCAUUGAUAAAAAAAUAUGUGACUUAAUUCAGAACAAAAUACCCAAAAAUGUAUCCAACUUUUUCUAUUUUGAAAAGUCAAAUAAAAAAAUACAUAACAAAAUAAAAAGUAUUGUUUCCAAGAAGGACUUAUAUUAA